AUGGUCGCCGUGUGGGCCAUGAAGGAGCAGCGCAAUUUGCUGCGCUUUGCUGCAGCAGGAAUUCCCUGCCCGCUGCCAAUUGCAUGCAAAAGCAAUGUGCUGCUGAUGCAGUUCAUCGGCACUGCCACCUACCGCAGCAGCAGCAGCAGCAGCAGCAGCAGCAGCAGCAGCAGCAGCAGCAGCAGCAGCGGUGUUGCUGUGGAGGGGGAAGGCGACAAGCGGAGCAGCCACGAGGCGGAGGGCGAGGCGGACCCACAAGCAGCAGCAGCAGCAGCAGCACCAACAGCAGCAGCAGCAGCAGCAGCAACAGCAGCAGCAGCAACAGCAGCAGCAGCAGCAGCAGAUGGCGAUGAAGAUGAGGAAGAUGAUGAGGAAGAAGAUGAGGAAGAAGAUGAGGAAGAAGAAGAUGAGGAGGAAGAAGACGAGGAGGAAGCAGCAGCAGCAGCAGCAGCAGCAGCAGCAGCAGCAGCAGCAGGGGGGCGUGAGCGGAAGCAGCAGGCCGCUGAGGUGUACAGACACCAGGAGGAGUUGUGGGGUGGCGGGGAUUUUUCUUUUCCAUUUGAUGCUUCCAAUUUAUUUUAUUUUGCUGCUCCUCGUUUGAAGGACUUGCCGGAAGUGUGUCGGGCGUUUGCUGCUGCUGCUGCGGAGCGCUGCUGCUGCUGCUGCAGCAGCAGCAGCAGCCACGAGGCCCUUUGCUGCUGCUGCUGGGGGGCCCCUGCUGCGCAAGUUGCUGCUGGCUGGCGGCUGCUGUACGUACAGUCCGUGCUGCUGCUGCGGCAGCUCUUCCAGCGCUGCAGGUCAGUGCACGGGGACUUCAGCGAGUACAACUUGCUGCUGCAGCAGCCGCAGCAGCAGCAGCAGCAGCAGCAGCAGCAGCAGCAGCGAAUUGUUUUGCUGGACGUCAGCCAGGCAGUGGAAAGAGACCAUCCCGAGGCCCUGGACUUUCUCAAGAGAGACUGCAGCAACACCACGGCUUUCUUCGCGAAGCGGCUCGACGCAUGCAGCAGCAGCAGCAGCAGCAGCAGCAGCAGCAGCAGCAGCAGCAGUUGCUGCUGCAGCGGGGAGUGCAGGGAGUCGAGGAAGCAGUGGAGGGCCUUUCCCCCCUUCUUUGAAAAAAGAAAUAUUUUCUUUUCCAAAUUUAAAUUGCUGUCAGUUCGCGAACUUUUCGAAUUUGUUGUCAAAGCAGAGCUGCCCCCAGAGCUCCACUUCCUGCAGCAGCAGCAGCAGCAGCAGCAGCAGCAGCAGCAGCAGCAGCAGCAGCAGCAGUUGACGGACGAAGAGCUGUGGGAGGCGAUGGCGAGUUACUUAGCGGGACGUCCGCCCAAACAGCCGGAAAGAGCAGCAGCAGCAGCACCAAAAGCAGCAGCAGCAGAAGCAACAGCAGCGAAAGCAGAAGCAGCAGCAGCAGCAGCAGCAGCAGCAGCAGCAGAAGGGGACAGCCGCAGCUGGGCCAACGACGGCUACAGCACCGACAGCAAUUGGGGCUACUAUGGCGGCAGCCGCAGCAGCAGCCGCAGCCGCAGCAGCAGCCGCAGCAGCAGCCGCAGCAGCAGCAGCAGCCGCAGCAGCAGCAGCAGCCGCAGCAGCAGCAGCAGCAGCAGCAGCAAGGCUGCAGCGGAGCAGCAAGUGAGCGACGCUGUGUUUCUGCAAAGCUGGAUUCCCUCAACUCUCCACGAAGUCUCCGACUUUGCUGCUCUCGAGAGAUUUGCUGCGCAGCAGCAGCUGCUGCCAGCAGAUGCUGCGCUGCUGGCGCUGCACGACUUGGUCAGCAGCAAGCCGCGCCCGCGGGCCCGCAGCAGCAGCAGCAGCAGCAGCAGCAGCAGCAGCGGCAGCAGCAGCAGCAGCGAGAGCAGCAGCAGCAGCGGGGAGGAGCAGGAAGGGGGCGGCACGCGGCAGCAGCGGCGCAAAGCAGCAGCAGCAGCAGCAGCAGCAGCAGCAGCAGCAGCAGAGAAGUUUAAUGGAAUUAUUCCGGAAGGACUUUCGAGAAAAGAAUGGAAAAAGAAAGUAAAAGAAAUGAACAGAGAAAGAAGAAAAUUCAAAAUCCCAAAAGCUCUUAAAAAGAAGCUUUCCAAAAAGAAAAAAUAA